GGAGCAGGACACUUAACCGGCUCUUGCCUGGAUCUUGGGGCGGCUCGGCACGAGAGUGGUUUCUACCUGAACAGUGGUGGCAGCAAAGGGGGGUGACUUUUUAGGCCUACCAAGGUUUGGAGAGGCCUUUUGGCUGUUUGGGGUGGGUAGCAACCCAUCGGGGCUUAGGCCCCAGCCGGGGGUAGGGUGGUCUGGUGUGGCCCGGCACAAGAUAGGCGGGGAGGCGGGGGUCCCGCGUUGGCAUAAGGGGGUAUUUAGUGGGCCCUCCCUCCCUCAAGUUGGGGGAUAAAUUGGCCUGUUGAGGCCUUGUCAGCCUGCUGGGCAUGCCCAGGCAGCAGGAGGUGUUGGAAUUCCCGCCCCCCAGGAUAAUAGCAGCCUGGGGCAGUGGUAGGCCCCUUACUUCUGUAGGGGGUGGCAUACAGGAGCAACAGCUCUACAGGGCUUUCCCCCUCCCCACUUUUUCUACAAGACCUUGACUCGGGGUGUCUUUGUUGGUGGCCUUGCCAGGGGCUGGUUCAAGUAUUGUGGGUAUUUCACUGUUUUUCAGUUAGUUUGGUUUAUAUACUACCUAGUUCCUAACUUUCAGACAGCGAGCGGGGGUGGGGACAUUUUGCCUGCUACCGGACCUGCCCAGGGACAUUCAGAUGGGGCCAAAGAAAGCCAAGGCAAAGAUGGGCGGGAAGCAGGUUCGACCUCCACCAUGCCCUGCACCCGCUUCUGAUUCCUCCUCAGAGGAUGAUGGGGACAUGGGCACUAUUAGGGCACUCAUUGCAUGCCUGGAGGCCCUUAAGAAGGAGAGACAGGGGGUGGCUCCUAGAACGGAGAAGGGUGGUCCAUCCGGUGUACCAACUGAUCCUAAAAGGUUUAUGAGGGCGGCCAAGAAGGCUAAGCUCAUGCAAUCACUAACAUCCAGGAUUGAGGCCUUGGAAGCAAGGGAUCAACAGCCGCUCCAGACAGUGGUGGACGUGACCUUGGACAGGAAUGGUUCCUCGAACGUGUCAGAGCACCAGGGAGGCGAGCCACGUGGCCCAGACAAGCAGGGGUCUGGUGCAGUGCUUUCGCCAGCUGGUGCCGGAGGCAGAGCGUCAGCCCGACCAGAUGCCAUCGUGGCUGUGGAGCCUUGGCGCUUAGAGGCGCAGAGGGCCUUUUUGGCCUCUUUGGCACCCAGCACGCAGGCAGCAUAUGAUAAACAGUGCAAGGUCUUCCAGGAGUUUAGGAUGCAGGUAGGAUUGGGUCAGGACUGGCCCCUGCCUGCGGAACAGCUGAUGCAGUUUUUGGUACACCUCAAGGGUAAGGGGUUAUCCCCCAGGGCUCUGGCGGGUUACUUAGCUGCCCUGGCUUUCCAGGCCAAAUCGCAGGGCCUUACCAAUACUAUGGGGGAUUUUAGGGUAAGGAGGCUGGGCAUGGGAACGCCCGGCUGAGGCCGACAGUCAUAGGCCCCUUAUGCCCUCUGCUGUUCAAGGUACAGUGGAGCGUUUCUCAGCCAUUUGCCAGUCCCCCUAUGAGACUGCGCUUUUCCACGCAGCUACGUUGGUUAUGUUUGGGGGGGCCUUUCAGGCCAGCGAGUUGUUUCCCAGGGGGCAAAGUGGUUCUAUUUUCAAGGUGGUGCAUUUUAGGAUGUUGUCAUGGAGUGGGCCAGAGUGCAGCUAAGCCUUCGUUUCUCUAAGACGGAUCAAAGAGGCAGGGGGCAGCUCGUGUCACUGCAUCAGGCCAACAACUCGCUCUUGUGCCCGGUGCAGGCAUUAAACACCUAUGUGACCCUCCGGAGAUCCGGACCCAGGUGCCUUUUGAUCCACAAGGAGGUGCGGUCCCUUUCUCAAUGCCAGUUUUGGGCAGUGGUGCAUUGUGCACUGGAGGCAGCGGGGGUCUCCACUGCACAGCUGUCUCUCCAUUCAUUCCACAUUGGUGCUUCCCCGGCGGCUUCCCAGCUGGGUCUUUCAGGCGAGGCCAUCCAGUGCAUCAGGCAUUGGCAGUCUGCCACAUACAAAAGAUACGUGUGCUAGUGCCCUGGGGGCAGCCACUGAUUGUUUUCUCUUUACAGGCCCAGCGCGACGGGCGGAAAGGGCACGAGUCCUCAUUCUGGGCCAUUCCAUUGUGUUCAAGGCCCACAAGGCAGCAUGUGGGGCACAGCCUGGAACACAACUAGGUCUUGGGAAGUGGGCAUCGAUCUCCUGGAUCAGUCAUCAGGGGAUGGUCAUUGCCCAAUUUUUGACCAUGUUACAGGAAUAUUUGGCGGUGAAUCCACCACCUGACAUCCUUGUGCUUCACCUGGGAGAGAAUGAUCUGGGGGCUCAGUCAGGGUUAUCCAUCAUCCACAAUUUGCAGAGGGACAUCUUGCAGGUUUUAGAGUGGUGUCCAGGGAUCUCAGUCAUUUGGUCGGCCAUGAUGCAGCGUAGGGUUUGGAGAGGUACCAGGGACCCUUAUAGGGUAGCCCACAAGAAGGUUAACGCCCAAAUGGCACAUUUUGUAAGUUCCUUUGGGGGCAGUCUCAUAGAACACCUGGGCAUUCUUUUAUCGGUACCCAUCUUGCUCAGGGGGGAUGGAGUUCACCUUUCGCCCAGUGGGAACAGUUUGUUUCUGAGAGAUUUAGAGCUGGGAUUGGCUAACCGUCUACGCGUUUGCUAGCAGCGUUUCCUGUCAAAGUGCAAAGCAGGCUCCAUUGCACAGAGUGCCAGGCUGCAUCACAUAAGACCAGACUGUUGCAAAUUCUUCCCCAUUCUGUGAAAAAGGGUUAAGUGUCCAAGUUCUUGUACAAGUCACCAUAUAUUUUUAAUUACAGUACCAAAAUUACAAAAGUGCCACAAUUUUAGCCUGCUUUCCAAAGGAAAGAAAGCUUAUGAGACCAGCAUGUGUCUGUGUGUGUCUAUGGGGCCUCAUCUAAUAAGCUUUGUGUAAAUCCAAUACAUACCAAAUUCAUAGCACAUGGGAAGGAGUCCUAGAGGACCUUAUUGGACCUAUUUUUUGCCUAUCCGUCAUGUUUAUUCAAGAUGGCGGCCACUCGAAAUAUAUUCCACACCCCUCUGUAAUCCAUGAGCUAGUAUUUGGAUACAAACCGAAUUCACAGUACAUUGGGGAUGAGUCCUGGGUAAGAAGUUAAAAGUAGGCACCAUUAGUUCUACUUAUUUCUCUUUCAUAGAAUCUGUAAAAACUUCUCAUAAACCUGUUGCUUUAGUUGGGCCAUUUAUUUGAAGCUAUGAAAAAGUGAUUUUUUUUCUGUGAGAAUAACAAAAAAACACACAGAAGUUCGCAGCUUCUUUUCUACAUAUAUUAUUCCAGACCAAAUUGAAGAGUCAGCAGAAGCAAAUCCCUGAAACAAAACCAAAUCCCAAGAAAUAGUGAGGGAUGUUUCCAAGAGCUAUUGCUAUCAGCGCAAAUAGAAAACACAACUCACCCCAACUAAUGAAGCAAAAGGAUUAACGGGAAGCUGCAGUGAGGCUGACAUGUCUUUAGUUGUGUGUUUCCUCAGCUGCUUGUUGCAGAUAACACCAUCAGCCUUUAGGUCAAUAAUCUCCUUAUGGUGGGGUAUGGGGGAGUUGUAGAGGAUGGUUAAUGACCUUCUGCUGCUUCUUUUACAUUUCAAAAUUUAUCUUGCUCUCUGGCAAGACAAAUGCAGCCAUUUUGCCAGCUGACCACUGUGGGUCCACAAGCUGUCGUGCUUGUUUUUCCCUCAGUGUGUGCUUUUUUGUUAAUCUCCCUAAUGCUGUCCAAAGGAACUGUUACCAUUUUGGACACACCCAGCCUGGGCUUAGUGGUGGGGUUUACUUCUGCCUUGAAGACUAACAUAGGAAGCUGCCUUAUACCGAGUCAGAACUUUGGUCCAUCUAGCUCAGUAUUGUCUACACAGACUGGCAUCAGCUUCUCCAAGGUUGCAGUCAGGAGAAGCUCUAUCUUGGAGAUGCCAGGGAGGGAACCUGGAACCUUCUGCAUGCAAGCCACAUCCCAGAGUGGCCACAUCCUCUGAGGGGAAUAUCUUACACUGCUUACACAUGUCUCCCAUUCAAAUGCAAACCAGGGCAGACCCUACUUAGCAAAUGUGAGAAUUAAUGCUUGCUACCACAAGACCAGUUCUCCUCCCAAGAGGUUUACUCCUUUGAACAUCAUAUAUAUACAUAUACAUAUACUCUGUGUGUGUGUGUGUGUGUGUGUGUGUGUGUAACAAAUUUCCAUUCUUUCCAUUCUUCAAGCCACUUAGUUCUUUGUUAUGUAUAAAGAAAUGGAGUACCACAAGAGGCUGUGAUCUCAUCCAAGGCCUCAACUUUUGAUCCUCCCACCAGCUUUCUCCAGGAACUGCUGAGCAACUCAGUGGUAUGGGACACCAAACAAUUUGAGAAGAGAAGCGGGGAAGAAAAGAUAAAGUAGAUUCUGGGGUGUUCUAUUCUCUGCCUCACAUGUUAAACCUUCUCAAACAGAAGCCAUUCUCUAGUUCAUACUAAUGUAGUCCUAAACAAACAUCUAUGCUUAGAAGCAAAUAACAUUCAUUUCAAUAAAAUUUU